ACAUGACUGGUAAACCCGGAAGGGGAAGGGCGGUGCUCUGCUUGGUGGGCUGACAAAACAAGGUAAUAGGUCCUUUCUUAAACUUAUACUGUCAAAAUACAGUUUGUGUGCACUCUAUGAAACAAUACAUAGUGUAUUAGAAUAUUAUUCAGCUGAUGUAGUCACGCACUUGCCAGUCUAGUGCAGCUAACGUCACAGAUGCUAACAGUUUCUUCCUCAGUGUAACAGGACAUGUUUAGCCAGGAAGCUAACAGAGAAAAAGGACAUCAGAGCUUUGAUUGAAGAAAAGUGUCCAGAUCCAUGACUCUCCUUACACACCUUAAUUUUAACCUUCAAAUGUGUUUUUGUGUGUUUUUACGUGUUGUUUUAGUUGAUGUACCAUCCUGUGUUACACUGUCAGCUGACAACAGUCACCGUGAGGAGAGAUUAAAAAGACAUAAACACAGUCAAAGAAUUAUAACAAUUAGAUUAACAAUACAUCGAUCUAAAUAGAUAAAGCUGGAUUAUGGGCCAAAACUGGAGUUAGCUUUGAGUUAGAAGCGGGUGACGUUGAGGAUGACCGUUAAAUUAUGUGUGCUCAAUAUGUCUCAUCUAUAAAGUUUACAGGAUUGAAUGUUGGGUUUGAUGAUGUGUUUUUGUAAGACAUUAUUUAGAGAUGAUCAAAAGACUGAUUAUUAUCAGAUUAUUCUACACAUGCUAAAUCAUUAUAUUCACUUGGUUUAGUGUAAUUCUGGCACAUAACAGUUUGUAUGUAAUGUAAAACUCUGGACCAAGAAGUCACAUUCAUUUCAAUAUAUUUUAGGGCUUUGUACGGUAGCCGAGAACUGCCACUGCUGCAAAUACUCUGCUCUCUCUACACCUGCUCUCUUUGAUUUCAGAUAGCCUCUGAACACAACAUGGAAGUACAUCAUUUUGUGCUUUGUACAUUAGCUGUGCAGUUUUAAGUUUGACUAAAUCAUAAGAUUUGAAAGCUUUUAAACUAAUGAAAAGUGCAUUGGUUGCUUCAUGAUAGCCCCCACAAAGAGAUUUAACUAGUUUAUUUCAGUGAAAAUGGACAUUGGGAUGCAAAAUUCAAAUUAUUGACACUUACCCAAUACUGUAAAGGUAUAAGUCAAGCCUGAUAAAUAUCAAUUUUUUUUUCAAGAAGAUCCUAGUAUUAUCUGUGUAAAAAUGAAAGAAAAAGCACUUAGGGCUAACAGGUGUGUAAAUUAAUAAUUUUGUUCUGUUUGACAGCUUCCACCAUGACAGCCAUCAAGCAUGCUCUGCAGAGGGACAUCUUCACCCCCAACGAUGAGCGUCUCCUUGGCAUCGUGAACGUUUGCAAGGCAGGAAAGAAGAAAAAGAACUGCUUCCUAUGUGCAACAGGUAAGCGUAAACUCACCUCACAGACAGCUGCACAUUCAUGUAAAUAAUAAAACGAUGUGUUUAUGAAGUGAUGUGCUUUUGUCUUCCAGUAACUACAGAAAGGCCUGUCCAGGUGAAAGUGGUUAAAGUGAAGAAAUCAGACAAAGGAGACUUUUACAAAAGACAGCUGACAUGGGAGCUUAGAGAUCUGACUGAAGUCGACGCCAAAGAUGCGAGCAAGGUCAGAGAAAGGUCCACCCUGGCCUCAUUCACUUGUUUUUGAAGCUGCUUUCUCCAUCAUCCUGUUCUCAUGGUCUCCUCUCUGCUUUAGGAGAAUCCUGAAUUUGACCUGCACUUUGAGAAGGUGUACCGCUGGGUGGCCAGCAGCACAGCGGAGAAAAACUCCUUCAUCUCCUGUAUCUGGAAACUGAAUCAGAGAUACCUGAGGAAGAAGGUGGAGUUUGUGAAUGUCAGUGCUCAGCUGCUGGAAGGUUAGAAACUCUUUGUCAUUCUGCAGACUCCCCCCUGUGAGCGCAUGUCCAUGAUUUGAUUAUAUUUGUUAAAAGGCCUGUCUCUCUCUCUUUCUCUCCCUCUCUUUCUGUCUCUCUCUCUCUCUCUCUUUCUCUCUCUCACUGUUGGACCAAUAUAGUUGUGUGCUAGUUAUGUUUGAGGUAGGGCUGGGCGAUACGACUAAAAACUUACUUGCAGUUCUUUUUCCCAAAUUCUAAAUUAUACUUGUUAGAUUAGAUACAACUUUUUUCAUCCUUUGAGUUCCCUCAAGAAAAUCAAAACUACUACAAUACAUUUGGUAAUGCCACACUUCUGAGUGGUGUCUCAAGAAUGUUAGACACCAGAGGGCUCUUAUUCAUGUAAUAAUACUGGAAUAAAACAGUAUCUAGUUUCAUAGUGGUGGGGUUUCAAGUAUCAUAGGAGUUUUUUUAGACUUUAUAAGUGGUUGUAUCAAACGCACUAAUAGAAAGACAUAGAAAAAGAAAAAAAGAGGAGUCACUCUUAUGUUCCUGUUGUCUUCGAAGGCCACCAGCCACUUCACCGACUGUAGGGGUGAGCAUGGGAGCGUUUUAAUCCAGAAUUUUGCUAUUAGAAUUAACAAGAUACUUCUAUUUCUACACACUGUACCUUUACACCAGUACAAACACAGCAUGCUAUUUAGCAGUCUGAUGUUAAAAGCAUUUCUCCAACACUUUUGGCAAGACAAAUGAGGUCAGUGGUAUCUACACAGGGAUGCUGAUAACACUCCCUCAACUGCCAUAUUUCUCAGGUAGAGAUCUUCUCCUUUCUCUCUGAAUAAGAAAACAGUAGAACAAAGCAGUUUUAAGUUAAAAAGCUGCACUCUCUGAAGAAAAUAGACAACGUUGGGUAAGGGACUACAAGCUGAGCUGCAUCCGAAAGAAGAAAUAGACCUCUUCCUCUCAGUGCAGCAGAAGAGAUCCACUUCUACCCUGACAACAGUGGAAUGAGUCAGUGUAAUUUUAUGCAGGCAAAGAAAAAAACAGCACACUGAUUUGCUGAAUUUCUGUUUUGUGAUUUACAAACUUAAUAAGUGAUAUGGACAUAAAUAUCAAGAUAAUGUUAUCGCCCAGCCUGAGUUUGAAUCCCUGCUCGAUUUUGUUUGAUAUGAUUUAUUAAAAGCAUGUUGAGAAAGAGCUUCAGCCUCUUCUUUGUAUCUUGGUUUGUGGCUUUCUGUGUUAAAUUCUUCUUUAUUCUCACUUUUCUCUCUUAAACUUUCUCUGGCCAGAACUUCCUAAAGCGGAAGGUUGGUAGGACUUAACUUCCCUCUCCUCACCCCCUCUCUCCAUUUGUAUCUCAUGAUCUCAAACCAUCAUUCUUGAUAGACACUCUCACCUCUUUAAAGCUCCUUUUGUUUGAAUUAUUUCACACUAAAUAUGGACUGGCAUGAUUUAUGUUUUUCCAACAACCAUAACACACAUUUAGCUCAUGUUUCUGUUUCACUUUUAGCUGUCUUAAUUGUUCAUUCCACCUUAAAUAGGACUAUUUAAUGACACAUGUUCAUUGAUUUAUUUAGGGCUUGUAGUCCAUAUUGUUUCUAGAUAAUUUCAAUAGUAAAGAGCAGCUCUGAAUUCAUUUGUUGUUCUUCACAAAUACAUCCAAAGCCCUGUGUUUCACUUACAGAGAAGUAUUUUUGUUUAUAGGGGCUCUUUUAGAUGGCAGGUCUACUCCUUGCAUUGCUCUGAUAGAAUGAGAGCAACUGUGAGUAGCUGAGUUCAGUUCAUUUUGAAUUUGGGCUUUUAGGUUUUUGGGCUUCAUCAUGAUUUUAUUUCCUUUAAAAUUACAUCUAACUGUCACUUUAGCUUUUGGUGUAAAGCCUGAAAUGUUGGAUACCGGGCUGUAUCUUGAACUUUCUCUCAUGUCUCUAAUGUGCAUUUCCAUCUGUCUUUGCGGUAUCAGAGUCAGUGCCAAGCGGUGAAAGUCAGAGUGUCGCAGGGGGCGAUGAGGAUGCUCUGGACGAGUACCAGGAGCUGAGCACCAGAGAAGAGCAGGACAUCGAGAGCAUGAUGGAGAUGUGCGAGUACGCCAUCUCCAAUGCUGAGGCCUUUGCAGAGCAGCUCUCCAGGGAGCUGCAGGUCCUGGAUGGGGUGAGUGAAGCAGCAAAAACAAGGAAUCGAACAUUAUCGAACAUGAAAAGAAGGGACUUUUCUCUGACUUUUUCUCUGCUACCAAGAGUGGGAGAAGACAUCUCUGUGUUCAAGCAUUUUUUCCACUGAGCUUAUAAAAGAUCAAAGCCUGUCAGCUCUGAUUUUGUUACAGUCAUAAUUUUACACCCCUCUCUGUUGAUGCAUCACCUUCAUGCAAGAUCAAAACAAAUUGUUUGUGCUGAAAAACUAUAUCCUGAGGGCAUGAAAGACUUGAGUGUUAAAAAAUGUAUUUAAACUUCAAAGCAUCCACAAAUAGAUGUGAAAGUUAAUCUACUAAGAGCGCACUCGAGGAUAGCAUUUCUCAAAUGUGCAAGAUAACACGUGUUGUCCCUAAUUAAAAGCUGUAAAAACUCUUUCAUUGUUCUGUGCUUAAAGGCCAACAUCCAGUCCAUCAUGGCUUCAGAAAAGCAGGUGAACAUCCUGAUGCAGCUGCUGGAUGAGGCUCUGUCUGAGGUGGACACCAUUGAGGGGAAGCUGAGCAGCUACGAGGAGAUGCUGCAGAGUGUCAAGGAUCAGAUGGACCAGAUCUCCCAGAGCAACCGCCUGAUCCAGAUCAGUAACACCAACAAUGGGAAGCUGCUGGAUGAGAUCCAGUUCUUAGUGGUGAGGAGGGCAUACAAGCUCUGUGGUUCCUGUGAAUAGGGAAAAAUAUAAAAACCACAUCAUCCUAAUAAGUAGUAGAUUUUGACACUCAGUCUAACUGUGCUUUAUUUAUCUUUCUUAUGCAGAACUACAUGGACCUAUCAAAGGGACACAUCAGAGCCCUGCAGGAAGGAGAUCUCAUGUCCCCUAAAGGAAUCGAGGCAUGCAUUAAUGCCUCUGAAGCUCUUCUGCAGUGCAUGAACGUGAAUCUCAGACCAGGUUAGUUUGCAGAUUAUUCUUAAAGCUUUUAAAAAGAUUCUGGUGUGCACUACUUUCUUAAGCUUAAAAUCGCUUUUGAAAGUCAAAUAUAAACAAAAGCAUAGUUUUUCACCUUCUGUACUGUUACAGUCCUGUCAAGAGGGUUCAACCCCCAACAAGUGUCCAAAAGGGUUAAAGUCCCUGACUGAGACAUUGGAUAAAACCAGUGUAAGGUUGAAGUUACACACCUGUGCUGGAGACGUCCUGAGAGGAGAGAAAGAAAAAAAAAAAAACAAAGACCCAGGCGUGAAGACAAAAUGGGGUCAAGUGGGAGCAAGAAGGGUCCGGAAAACCAUGACUCUCCAAUUUUCGAUCUCAUGAGAGCCGAGAGAGAUGAAGAGAAAAAUAAUAACCAUCUGAAAGCUUGUGACUUACUUUGUUUUUCUGGGAAACAAUGGUUUUCAUGGUGUUCAGGGCAAACAUGGAACAGACGAAAAAAUAAAUAAAUAAAGUUAUCUGUUGGUCUUACUGAUUUUAAAUCAUUUUCCCUGCAUCUGUAAAGCACUUUGAAUUGCCUUGUGUAUGAAUGGUGCUAUACAAAUAAACUUGCCUUGCCUUGCCUUGUAGGCCACGAGAAGCUGAUGGCUGUGACACAGCAGCAGCUCCUGUUUGCAGAACUGAGAGACACCUUUGCCCGCCGCCUCACAAAUCACCUCAACAACGUGUUUGUUCACCAGGUAACAAGCUCAGUACUGACAGAAAAGAUAUUUCAUGUCAGCAACAUAAAUAUUCAGCUAACAUAGAGAUACCUGAGUACAAAUCUGGGGUUGUUAAGCUAAAAAAAAUACUUGUCUUACAUGCCAGAGGACCUUUUUCUAUUUACGUUUACUUAUUUUAUAUGACAGCAGUUUUGCAACUACGUGGCCUGAAUUAAGUAUUACUCAACAGACGGGGAUUAUUAUAGGAAACAUAAUACAUCAUAAAGAGUGCAAGAGGUUUCUUCUUCUCUCCUGUUCAAUUAAUCAUCUCAUGGUGAUGUUAAACUAUCUUGUAACCUAAUUUUUUAUAGGGAAGGAGUGGUUGUAUCUGUAAAAGUUAACCAGGUCAACACUCAUUUUACUCAGCAAACAAAAGCCAAUGCUUUGCUACUUUCUCAGGUCUUUGUGUAGCCACUAUCAGCAGCAGCAGUGUGCAGAGCUUGGGAGAAUAAUUUUCAUUAAAUGUGCUGGUCUGUUCGCCAUUAACACAAGGGAAAAUGGUCGAGACAGAAAGGAAGGGGUGGAUAUAGGGAGAGGGCAGUUAAAGAGGGGAAAAACCUUAAAGGUCUCAUAUAAUUGGUUUUCCCAGCCCACAUCCUAUGUUAUAGUGAUAAGGCACUGUGCUGUUUGGCUGCCUGAAUGAUGUAUGAAGGGAAGGGUGAAACUAGUGCAGACAGAUGCAGAUGUGGAAAAACAUCAGAAAAAAUUUGGCAAGUGCCCCUGAAGAACUCGUGCCAGUACUCUUCACAUGACCCGAACAAGAGGAGAAAACUGAAAAUGUUGCAGCUGCAGUCACAACAGCAUGCUUCUGAGUGUUACACUAAAUUUGAGGGUUAUUCCUUUUUUGAUGAAGUGGUCUUUACAAAUGUACAAAUUAGCACUCAGUCAGUACAUUUAAAUGACACUCGAGAAAAACAAAUUAUUGCCUUACUCCGAUUAAGACCGACAACCGAAGUGCAUGUAAACACCCUAGUCCGACUAAAAUCAGAGUCAGAGAAUUCCGAUUGGAGUCAAAGAACUCAGAUUAAGACACCCAGAUAAUGCGAUUGGAAUUUGAUUUUCUCCACCAUGUAACCAGUGUAGUCGGAGUAUGAUUGGACAUUGCAUGUGCGCAUGUACCAUGCCCCCAUUACCCUGAAACAAAAAAAAAAAAAAACAGAGAAGAGGAGUGGCGUGCAUUUCAUCUGCAGAAAAAGUAGUGCGUUCAUCAUGUACGACAAAAACAACGCUGUACGAUGCUCCAUCUUCUUGCUCGAAAAUGCCCAGCAGCAGUAGUAGCCACUUCUGACGUCUGGCACGGACCUGCUGUUGUUGACGGUUGUAUGGGGUUGGAAACAGCGCCACUGAAAAGAACCAUAUCGCCCCCUAGUUUUGGGGAGGAGAACAUGUUCAUGUUAAUAAUUUCAUUUUCUCAGCUGCAUGUAUACGCAGACAAGUCUGAUUCGUCGAAAAAAGAAAGAUUAUGAGCUUACUCCGACUAAGCUGUGCAUGUAAACACACUGGCUGUGACUGGCAUGUUGUUAAAAAGCCAAGGCACACUUUAAGAUCUGUCUAUUGUUAAAAUCUCUUUUAAUUGUUUUAUUGGGCUAAAUGUAGCCUAUGAAUUGCAGCUUUCUCAGGUCAUCAUGAUUGUCAGCAGUGGCUUGCACAAAAAGUCUUCGCUUGCUUUGGUUCUUCUGUUGGUUUGUGCAACCAGCAAUGUCUGGCUAACCUUUGAUGUUUUGACUCUGCAACAUUGAAGCAAAACUGCAGCUGCAGCUUGGUUGAAACAGAAUCACUUUUGCAUGCAUGCAUUUACAAAUCACUCCUGUCCUUACAUCACCACAGGAGUGAAUUCAAAUCAUAGGAAGUGCCGGGACUUUUUCACUUCCACACUCUCAGCGUGGCAAGGAAGAACAUAUUUUUCAUUAUAUGGGACCUUUAAAUAAAUGCAGGCAAGUAAAGGGAAAGAAAAUACAGACAGAAAAACAUUCGAGGAAUAAAAGAAAAAACAAAGAAGGGGGGGUGGGGGGUUACCCAGUGAAUCUUGGAUGCAAGGACACCUAGGUUGGAAAAAAACACUGACUUUGUACUUUGAAUACAUUUUAUUUUUUAAACGAUGUGUUUUAAAUGCAGGACUUUUUCUUGUGAUGGGAGAGUUUAAUUUUCAGCAAUGCACAGGAACUGAAAGAGAUAAAACAAUGAUAACUUCAUGUAAUGAAAUGCAAGAGAUCCAAGAAUAGUUUACAAGAGGGGCAAAAAGGGGAAUUAAUCAGGUUCCAAAGUCUAAAGGCCUUGUUGAACAGGUGGGUUUUAUCUGCUUUUAAGGAUUUAAGGAAGUUUGCUUUCCACAGACUAAUCAUCAAAUGAGCUGCAAUGAGGAGGGCACAGAUUUGUUGCUGCAGUCUCUCUCUCUCUCUCUCUGCUGCCUUCACAGACUUCUUGUUCAGCCCUGACUCUCUUCCUGGGCUUGUGUGUCUUGUGUCCUUCUUUUUGUGUCCCUCCUGUUCUUGUCUUUAUGUGUGUGUCACUCUUUGAAUCAUCCCACUCUGCUUUCUGUCUCUGUGUCAGUUCAACCACUUCAGUCACUUCAAAAUGACCAUCCCUCAGUUCUAUAGGUCCUCCUGUCUGUCGCUUCCAGUGAGUACCCUCACAGCUGCCCCCCUCUCUGCUGAUGUUUGACCUCUGGCCUCACACCAAUUUACAUCUCAUGACCCCCCCAUAGCUUAAUCUGGAUGCAUGGGAAAUGUUUCUAACUUUUUAACACCUGAUGUCAGCGCUGAAGAGGCGGUGCUCAUCUUCCUUGUCCUUCAUCGGUGUUCUGCACUCAGCUGACGGCUCUCUUUGUGUUUGGGUGCUAUCCUGGCUUUGUUGCUAAAGAACUCAUGCCAUUGACUCCUGUGCCUGUCUGCUCUGCGUGCAUGUCUCACUGCACAAACAGUAGAUACUGAACAGAGAGCAGAAAGUCAGUUCUGCCUCCAGAUGAGCUGAAUAUGAGGUUUAAAAAUGAGUUUCUUACUUUGAAACAUCUGGUUUUAUGGUCAUACAGGUAAUGUAUCCACCUGCAGAUGUUUGUGAAAAGAGGUGUGAUCAAUAUUCUGCAAGUGUUGUGUGUGUUUUUUUUGGGCUUGACAUUGGAUUUAUUUAUUUUAACUCUUUCAUUGAAUACUUUUGUAACUCUCAUUCCUCAUUUUUAUCACUCAGGGCCACGAUCAAAGCUCCACUCUGUCACAGCACACGGCCGAGCUGACACUGCCCAAACACAGCCCCCUCCACAGGGACCUGCUGCGCUAUGCCAAGCUCAUGGAGUGGCUGAAGAACACCCACAGGGAAAAGUACGAGGGCCUAUCCAGGGUCAGUGAUGCUUUCUAGCAAGAAUUGAAUGUCCGUUUUUUUUAACAGAUUAGCACCACUCUGUUCGAAAAGUUGUGAUUUAGAUUCUGCACAAACCCUGGUUAAUGUGAUAACAGUAAGAGCAAGUAGUAAUGCAGCAGGGAAUCUAUGAGCAGCUUCUUUUCCCACAAACAAACCAUCUGUGAAGUUCAAUCAAAACUAAUUCUUUUGAUCUGGAGCUGCAACAUAGGAAGUGUUAAAACUGCCUUAGUCCAAAAAAGCAUCUGCAGUGUAACGACAGUAAUGAUUAUCUCAACAUGAAACAAUUUUGAUAGCUUGUGUCAUUUGUUGUUAAUUCAGAGAGAGAAGAGAAUAAUGCAAUUAUUCAUCAGUUCGUCAUGCAGAAAAAGAUUUAUCCUCAAGUCUGUUUUUUAACAGUACCAAGACAAACAAAGGGAGAAUUACACAGCACAUAACAUGAAUAUAAUAUAUAAAUAUUUCUAAACACGGGACAUGCAAAAGAAUGAUGAGUUGAAAAUGGUGUUGUUGUUUUUUUAAUGUGUAAAGCUUCUAUUCCUUGAUAUUCAAAAUAUUGACCAAAUACUGACCCACAAUAUAGAAUUAUUGUGAUAGAAAUGAUUGGAACACUUUAUACAAACUCACCACUUGGGAUGCAUCAUAAGCACCUUAAAAAAAGCCUUAUAAAUGUAAUAAUUCCUUGAGAUCUUGGUUUCGCAUUAAGAUAUAAUGCAAAUAAAUUAACUAUAUGGCAUAAUUAUUAAUUAUACCUUUAUUAGACAGGAUGUUCAGUGCUUAAAACACUACAUAAACAUUGCUAUAAGCUGUUGUGAAUGCUUAAACUCACUUUUAAGGAUUGUUAUAAAACCUUAUUAAUGCAUUUACAAAGCUUUACAAAUGUGCUAAUGAUGCACUAUAAGUAGUGGGUUUAUAUUAGGUGUUACUUAAAAUGUAUGUUCUAGCUUUAUGGCUUAACUGUAUUGCAUCUAAAUGUUUUGGAGUGUAAUAGUUCAAUAAUUUUCUAAUAUUUCAUGUUGAAAGCUUGGUGCUUAUCAUCUAAAAAUCAAUGAUAAAUGUCAUCUAUCUUUUCCUCUUUGUUCAGACCUACGUUGACUACAUGAGCAGAUUAUAUGAACGAGAAAUCAAAGACUUCUUUGAGGUUGCAAAGAUAAAAAUGGCGGGAACAACAAAGGAGGCAAAGGGCAAGUUUGGUAAGAUGAUUAUUAACCAAAAUAGUGGCAUGUCCAUCUUCUGUACUUUAUUUGACUGAGUGUGAAAGGGUUGUACUUUUCUCUUUUUUUAUUUAACUGCAAAUUUCUUGGACUGUUUUGUACCACUGAACUUAAUGUAUAAUGAUGUGAAAUAUAAGCACAAGGGUUCUCUUAGUUUUUACUGUAUUACAUCAACCAAACAAGCAUUUUUCUCCACUAAUGUUUGCUUAAGUCGCGUUUGUUGUUUCGUCCUCCCAUGAUGACUCUUUUUCCAGAUCUCUAAUAUUCAAGUCCUGACUCUUUUGACUAUUGAAACGCUUAAGAAAGACUCCUGGUUGAGCUUUGGUUUAGAAAACUCUGCUUUCUGCACUCUAUGUUAGCUUCUCCUGCUGAAAACAAAUCAAGUUUUUGUUUUCUGAAGUUUUGUCUGAGCUACAUACAUACCUCAGCCGCUGCAGUGCACGUCAGCGUAUAUGUAGCUCUGUACGUCUAACAUCUUGCCUCACCCCCUCUCCCCUCCUCAUGCUGCAUGUUUUAAGCCUAACCUGUCUCUGUCUUUGAUGCCUGCCUUUCUAACUGGCUGCAGCCACGCUUCCUCGGAAAGAGAGUGCACUCAAACAGGAAACAGAAAGUAAGUAUGACAAUUGGACAGAGCUGUUGUUCUGUCAAUUACCCUCUCUGCUUUUUACCAGCGUGUCUCACAUAGGUGCACUAAAAGGAAUCCCUGCACUACUCUGAUGCACACCUUUUUACGCUCUGCCAACCAUUACCUCAUAAUGUAGCAUGUUGGUCAGUGCUAAGUCUUCACACUGCAGCUCAGUGCAUCAUCACAUACUCUAUUACACACUUACAAAAGCUAACUAUUAAAUUUGCAGUAUUCAAAUGUUUGUUUUAUUAAAAAAAAAAAAACUUAUUCUCCUAUGCUAAACAUAUGAAACUGCAUCCACUGUAUCCAUCAUCAGGCCUUCAUGGCAGCUCUGGGAAGCUGACAGGCUCCACCUCGAGUCUGAACAAGCUGACUGUGCAGGGCUCAAACAGCAGACGCUCCCAGUCCUCCUCUCUGCUGGACAUGGGAAACAUGUCUGCCUCAGACCUGGAUGUGGCCGACAGGACCAAGUUUGACAAGGUGACUCCGGCAGAGAUUUAGUCAAACCAUGUCAUGUCAUGUAGGGCUCAUGAUAAGAAUUAUGACUUUAUUCUUAGAGUCUGGCUCAUACCCCAGAAUUCUGACUUUAAUUUAAAAUUCUGACUUUAUUCUAAGAAUUUUAAAUUUACCCAACUUUAUCAUGAGAUGUUUGACUUAAAUGUCAAAAUUCUGAGAUUGAGGUCAGAAAUCUCUUUCUUUUUUAGAAUUCAUAGAUAAAAAUCUGAAUUUGGGUUUUUUUUUGACCUGAGAUCAAAGUCAGGAUUUUGUUAUUAAAGGCUGAAUUCUCAGUUUGAAUCCAGAAUUUUGUAUUUUUCUCUUUGUUUCCUAACAUCUUUGUGAUGGAAAUAAAAAAUUAUUGUCUGAGAUUACAAAAUAGAUUUUUUCAAAACAACAAAGAUUGAUUAUAUUUCAUAUUUAUAUUUACUGCCUGAGUUUUGUCUUUGUUUUUUGAUCACAUCUCCAUUUUUUUCUUUCUCACCGCUCUUGUCGUGGUCAACUUGUGAGGUCUUCAUGUUACAUCACAUUUCAUAAAACAACGAAAAGAUAAAUUUAAUCCUAAAGUUUCUUUUUGUGGCCCCUGUCCUCUUCCACACAUCCAGCUGAUUCCCCUGUUGUGUAAUAGAAUGGCAGAUCUUCACAUGUUGAAUAUGUUUGGUCAUUAAUCAGCAUAAACUUUGCUAUAAUCCUAAAUAUUCACAUCUGUCUGUAUUUACUCCUGUUUCCUUGAAUUCAUGUUCUUUAUAUCAGUACUCACUAAAGAUCGUAUUUCAAUUUGUUCUCUUUCGUGUGAUACAUUGAUACAAAGCUGUAUUUUGUAUGCAGCUCAAAACUACUUGCCUCUAGAGGAGUUAUUAGUGACUUAAACGAGCUGAAGUUUUUUUUUGGUCUUUGCAGAUAUUUGAGCAGGUCCUCAGUGAGCUGGAACCACUGUGUCUCGCAGAACAAGAUUUUAUCAGCAAGUUCUUUAAGCUGCAGCAGCACCCGACAGUUACACCUCCUCUCGCUCAGGUAAAUCCGUGAUCAGGUGCUAGAAAAUUCAUCAGAAGGGUCAUAAAAUGUCUCCACAGUGUCUAUACUUCUAUGAUGACAUUUAAAGUGACAGUAUUUCUCUUACCUUGGAGUGUCAUUUGUCAAAACAACAGGCGUUGGUGUGUUUUUAGUUGCUGCAUCACAGAGAUAUAAGUCAGCAAAUGUUUGUUUGGUUUCGCCAUGUUUUAUGUCUCAUCUCUUGUCAGCCUGAAACUGAGGAAUCAGACGGAGGCACGCCAUCCAGAGUGCCCCCCCAGGCUGAGCACAGACACUCUUUGUCAUCAGAGUGAGUAGUGUCACAUUAUCACUGCCAGAAACAUUAUUCAUGUUGUCACCUUGUUUCAUUCGUCACCGAACUUUCUAUCUUGAUGGUUUUUCUUUGUGUUUGUGUGUGAAGGAAAGACCUGGUGAGGCUGAUGAUGAAUAAAAUCUUCCAGAGCAUCGAGACAGAGCUCAACAGUCUCAUUGCUCUGGGUGACAAGAUUGACAGCUUUAACUCUCUGUACAUGCUGGUGAAGAUGAGUCACCACGUGUGGACAGCUGAGAAUGUCGACCCGGCCUCGUACCUCAGCACCACUCUGGGAAAUGUGCUGGUCACUGUCAAGAGGAACUUUGACAAAUGUAUUGUGAGUAGAAGAAAAAUGUGCCCAUGAGUUUCACAAGAGAUCAAGACAUUUUUUACUGAUCGUUGUUUGCAGGAUGGAGCUGUUUUGAACAUGAUCUGAUCCUUCUCUGUUGGUUGUUGCACAGUUGGACCACAUCACUUUAAUGCCACAAUGCAUCAAGUGCAUUAAUCAUCAGCCAUACUGUCCUCCCACCUGCGGAGAACCCUGCUUAAGGGCAAAGUAAAUCCACACACUAAGUGGUUAAGUGACUAUAAGAAGUAGAACUUUAUCGAUCCCUGAAGGGAAAUUCAAUAUAAAAUGUCACUAUAAAUUGCAGUUUUAAACAUUUUCUGCACAGGAUUAGUAUACCUCAGGACUUGUGAUUAUAUGUGAUUAACUCCCUGAUGUCAGUGUUUGCUGUGGUGCAUUCACACUGAAUAAGCAAAGACUGUGAUUUACCGAGGUGUACUGACAUCUCAACCCCGAGGUGCUGCACGACAUCCACCUUAACUCUGGGAGCAGCAUCACACUCAACACUGACAGCUUGCCCAAAAAAAGGCAUCAAUCAACACCCAGUAAAUUUUCCAAAAAGAACAUGGCUCCAAAACACAUGGAAAAACCCGAUGUCCUAAAUUUUCAAGCUUCCACAGGAUACAGCAGCUUGUUCUUGAGUUUCUAGUUUCUAACCUUCACGUGGAUUGAUGGCCUUUGUAGUGCUAAAAGUAUGUGAUCAUUAAGGCAAUGUUGGCCGCAAAAUGCAAGAUGAAUCAUGUUCCCUAUCAUAGAAUUAAACGGGAGUAGCACUUUUUUAGUUGCUUGGCAACCAAAUCACCCACCCAGAGGCUUUAAAACAAUAUCUCUGUAUAGUCAAGAUAGAGGAGAGAAAAUCAGGAGUUGGGCUCUGUGCAAACUGUUUUGUAUGACAUGAAGUUAUUAAUUUUAUAUAACGUGUCCUAAAGAUUUUAUUGUCAGUGGCUUUGGGAAGUUUAAUGGAUGUGGACGUCUCCUGCUGUUUAUAAAUUUCAAUAUGCUGUAUGCUGUAGAGAGUUGCGCUGCCCUCAGAAAAAAAGGUGGAUGUUGUGCAGCGCCAAACAUAUAUUCUUCUUGUUAUAUUCCUCAGUUAAAUGUUGGUCUGAUUUAAUUUAUGCUGCUGGCAUGACACAACCCUUCUUUCUUCAACAGUCUGGUCAGAUCAGACAGAUGGAGGAAAUAAAGAUUUCCAAGAAGAGCAAAGUGGGAAUCCUGCCUUUUGUCACCAACUUUGAGGAGUUUGCUGAGCUGGCUGAAACAAUCUUCCGUAAUGCAGAGCGGCGAGGAGACCUGGAUAAAGCCUAUGUCAAACUCAUCAGGGCGGUUUUUAUGAAUGGUGAGACCUCCACCAAACCAAAAGCUCCCUCCUCCCAUGAGACGGCUGAAAACAAAGUUCUGAAUACUGUUUUUAUUUUCAGUGGAGAAAGUAGCCAGUGAGAGCCAGAAGACUCCACGGGAUGUUGUGAUGAUGGAGAAUUUCCAUCAUAUCUACUCCACACUGUCUCGAUUAAAGAUCUCUUGCCUGGACGCAGAGAGACGAGAGGCCAAACACAAAUACACCGACCACCUGCAGUCCUAUGUCAUCAACUCUCUGGGACAGCCUCUGGAAAAACUCAAUGUAAGUCAGAGCUAUCACAAUAGUUGGUUAUGUUCCUUCAGGGUGUGACUAUGCUUUGACUUUUACUCCCUCUCUUGCAGCAUUUCUUUGAAGGAGUCGAGGCUCGUGUAGCUCAGGGUGUUAGGGAGGAGGAGGUGAGCUACCAGCUUGCCUUCAACAAACAAGAGCUGCGAAAAGUCAUCAAAGAAUAUCCUGGAAAAGAGGUGAAGAAGGGACUUGAUAACCUUUACAAGAAGGUGGACAAACAUCUGUGUGAGGAGGAAAGUCUCCUACAGGUGAGGAGUUAAAACUUAACACAAAGUUACACAAACGACAACAUAUGUCAGAGGUAUUGUUGUCUGUUGUCAUAUUUUGGUAAUGCUUACAGUUGCUUGACAUCAGCAGGAUCACAAGUAUAACACUGCAUCAUCAAAUUAUUGAUUUAAAAAAGCAAACCACGGACCAGACUCGAUGGUGUCACCUCCUGAAAAUCAGUAUAGACUCUUUUGGAGGAAUAUUUUGAGCUUUUGAGUAGAGGGAUACAACUAAAGAUAGAAGAUAAAAGAAUAAAGAAACCCUCCAAAAAUACAAACUGAAAUACAGUACAUAGAGAAAACAUACUUUGUGUUUAGAUAUAUAGAACAGACUAAGUGGAAAAAAAAUAUCUACAAUAUUUAUCAUUGCGUGUCAAAAUAUGUCAUAAUAAUAAUAAUAUGUUAUGACAACUAAAUAUCUGUAAUCUUUGCCAUGCUACUUGUCAGCUAGUAGUUUUGAAUUAAGAUGUUAGAAUAUAGUGGUCAAGAUGAGUAAGGCAGUUGUUGAUCCUGUGUUAGGGGUUAAAGCAUCAGUGAAGAAUUUAAAGACAGCAGUAGCCUCUUUUACUCUGGUCUGUAAUUAUUAGCUAGAGUAAAACCUGACUUAGGUGAGAUAUAUACUAAAUAAUUAAAUUUGUAUUGAGUAAAACACAAGAACAGGUUACAUCUACUGAUUUUUACAUUGAUAGAUUCCUCCUCACUUUGCACUUCUUGUCUGACUCCACCAGGUGGUGUGGCACUCCAUGCAGGACGAGUUCAUCCGUCAGUACAAGCACUUUGAGGACCUGAUCGGCAGGUGUUACCCUGGAUCAGGAAUCACCAUGGAGUUCACCAUCCAGGACAUGUUGGAGUAUUUCUCCAGCAUUGCUCAGUCUCACUAGUCUAAAUGCUCUGCACUUUGAUUAUCUGCUGCCUCACACUGGCUGGAGAUUCUCAUACUACUCCUAAAACUACUUUAUCAUGUUAUUUGGAUGUUAAACAUUUCAUUUGUAUGUGUCUUUUGCUGAAGGUGGUGCAAACUUACCUGCAUCAUGUAUGUGCCUGUUCCUUUAAGAUCCAAACACUGCUCUAGAUUUUGUUUGUGCGAUAUUGUUGUCAUCUUUCUCGCCAUAUGUACAUAAUAAAUACACACCUGACGACCAAUCCAAACCUGUAUCA